GAAGCAGCAAGACCAUGGCCGGCUGCAACAGACAAAGGACAGCAGGGGACCUGGGAUCCAGAGUUCAGGGGACUGCAGGUGACAAACAAUGAUCCCUGGGACAGGAAGCAGCCAAGAGACCCAGACAAGGAUGUGGAACACCAGAAACCAAUCAGACCUGGACAUUGCAUCAUGCUGUGUUGGCACUGUGGGAGACACCGCAUCCUGAAUAUUAACCAUGAUGACAAUAGCCUAACUAAGAGGCCCUUAGUGUGUGGCUAAAUCUGUGUUUAGUACUCAAUGUGAAUUAGCGUAUUCAUCUUCCCAGCAACCCACAAGUCCUCUUACUGCCUCUGUGUGAAAGGGAUUUGCAAGAUCUGGGAGAAGUCAGGAUAAUGAAAGGUUUGGAUGGGAUUGUCCUACAAAUAAAGAGGUGCAUUCAGCAUUUAGAUUUAUACUCAACAUUUGUGGAACUCACAGAAAACAUCGGACUCCCUCCGACACUGCUUGAAAGUCACAAUCCUUGGCCAGCCUAUGUCACAUACAUUUCCCCGGAAGUGAGGCGACUCGUUGACAAAACACUCGUCCAAGAGCUGGAGUGCAUGCAGGCUGCUGAGGAAAACCACAAGCCAAUGAGACUGAGCAAACCUAGUUUCAUGCAUCUGAAAAGGAAGAAGUCAUCCAAGUCCUCAGAACUCUUGCUGAAGGAUGCCCUGUCAGAGGCCAGGCUAUGCCCAUGGGAACCUUGCUCUGCAACAAACAUUACUCCAGUAGUCAUCCUAGAGCCCACACAAUCACAAAUGGAAGUCAGGGAGGAUCCCACAUCAAACUACAACAAGAUAAUUUUCUCCAGGAGGCCUGCCAUGUGGAAGCUCCCCUAUGGCUUUCUACAGUCCAACAAGGAGACACAUGACAAAGUUUAACAAAGAUCCCUGCAGCCACCACCUGAGAAUGUACAACAGUUACACACCAUUUGCUACAAAUUACAUCGCGUCCUUGAAA